AUGGAUAAUAUUUUAAAAAAUGAUAAUGAAAAGAGAAAUAUUUUGGAAAAAAUUAAAAAGAAAGGAGGAUUUAAGCAAUUAGAAAGAUUUGAAAAUGAAAUUGAAUUAGGCCAAUCAAUAAUGAUAACUGACGAUUUCAAUGAUCCAAAUAUCAUCAUUAGUUUAACAAUAAAUGAUGGAGUUUUUAAAGUUUAUGUAAAUAAUAAUUUAAAUCCAAUUAAAGUAUUUUUAGAAUCUUUUAAUUGGAGUUCUGGUUUUUAUAAUAAUAUUAUUUUUAAUGAAUAUUUUAAAAAUAAUUGUAAUUUAAAUAAAAAUGGAAAUUCAAUUAAUUAUCACAUUAAAAAGUCAAUUGAUGAAAUAAAUUUUGUUGAAUUAGAUGAAAGAGUUAGAUUUCUUCUAAAGGAUAUAAUAAAAUCACAUGGUUUUCAAAACAUUGAAAUUGGUGAAGACCCUAAUCAUGUUGAAUAUAGAGAAUAUAUUCUUUGUAAUAUCGAUGGUUGUAAUAAUGAAAAAACUAUAAUAAAUGAAUUUAAAUUAAGAAUUGAUGGAAAUGAAGUACCAUUAUCAAUUAAUGAGGGAUAUUACAUUUGUGGACUAUGGAAAUGUAAAACAAUGUUUUCAAUGGAUGAAAUAAUUUGGAGUAUUAAAAAUGGUUUUUCUUGGUGUUAUAAAUUAAAAGAUGGAACUUUAGUAUCAUGGGCAAUUGGCUUUUCAGACGGAAGAAUUGCCCAAUUUAAUACAUUAGAAGAAUUUAGAGGAAAAGGAUAUGGUACCAAAGUUGUAUCAAAAUUAAUAAUUUCCUAUCUUGAAAAAGGAAUUAAUCCAUUAGUAUAUAUUGAUGGUGAUAAUUACAUUUCUCAAAACCUUUUUAGUAAAAUUGGAUACAAUAGAUCUACAGUAGAAGUGUUUGGUCUUAAUGCUAAAAAAUAA